AUGGCGCCUCCAUACUCUGAUCAGAGACAUCAUCCCGGCCAGGGCCGCAGGCCCAAUCCUCCCCGUGCCGACCGGGAUGGCCGGAUACCGGCAGCAGACCGCAGGCGCGAGUACUCCAGAGACCGCGACAGCCACCGCAGUCAUGAUCGAGAUGACCGCGCUCACCGAACCUCGCGAUCGCCACCUCGUCGAGGUAGGCAUGGAUAUCGAGACCGUGAUCACGAGGGAUAUCGAUCACCGGGAUAUGAGGGCAGGAGCUACAGUCGCAGUCGCAGCCCCCGUCGUGGUCACGGAUACUUUGGUGAAGAAAGUCGGGAAGUGAUGCUGGAAAACUUCCCAGUGGACAUGACCGAGAAUGAUAUCGCAGCUGAACUCAAAACUGCCUAUCAUGUUGAUGGCCUCGAGGAUAUUCGAGUCAUUCGUGAUCGCCAGACGAAAUUGUCGAAGCAGCUGGGCUUCUUGCGGUUCCCCACGAUCGACGAAUCGCGAGCAUUCGUUGAACGAAACUACCGCGGGAUUUACCUCUAUGGACCAAGUGCCGGUCCCAACGACGGCAGUACCAAAGUACGCAUCGCGUACAGCCGCGAGAGGGAAGACCGAAAUCGGGCAAAGGGAGAAGGUGAUUGGAUGUGUCGUAUGUGUGCUAUCGUCAACUAUGCCACGCGCCUGAAGUGUUUUAAGUGCAACGCCCCGCGACCCGAGAUGGCCUCAACUGGCAUCCUGGGGGUUCCUGCUCCCAAGGUAGUUAACAACGGUGAUAAUGAUGCUGCACCCGAGAGUCAGCCGUCUCAAUUUCUUCUAUUCCGCGGGCUGGAACCCUCUGUCACGGAGGAACUGCUUGCGAAAGGCGUGGCCAAACUGUAUCGUCCAUCUGGAAACAACGACAACUCCUCCGGCAUUCAGAAGAAAGGCGCAAAGGUGGCUUCCACAACAGGUGAUAGCAAUCUUGGAGCACGCGAAGGCUCCAUCCGCCGUGUAUUGCUUGUACGUGAUCGCAAAUCCAAUGAAAGCUGGCGCUAUGGAUUCGCCGAAUUUGCAGGAAUACUGGAUGCCCAAGCUGCGAUGACACGCUUGAAAUCUUUCGAAAAAUUCACCAUCUCGUCAAAGCCUGUUAUGGUCAGCUACAUCCAUGCCGGAGUGUUUAUUCCAGUCAUGACCCCCACGGCCAGCACUGCUCGCUAUUCAUUCAGCCCAUUAAACAACCCAGCGUUGAAGCUUAUGUAUUGGGAUGACGAAGGCUUUGUCAAUGAGCUCACACUAUCACGAGAGGAAGAUGAUGCCGUCAACGAGCAGCAGAAGGGGGACAAGUCCGCUUCGCAUCAACAUGAAAGGGGCAUCAAAGAUUCAGAGAAAUCCAAGAAAAGAAAGGCGGAUGCAGCGGCCAGCGCCAGCGCCAACGCCAAAAAGCUCGCAAUGCCAUCCCAGCUGCAAUUCUGGAGCAACCGCCAUGCCGAGCUCCACGGGAUUCCCAAGGAUGACGACGGAAACCCUGUUGAUACUGCUCCAGAACAGGCUGGCCCGGCAACUGAUGCAGCCGCUCCGCCACCCCAGUCCUACGCAGACCCCAACCGUUACUGCUGCUACCUGUGCCUGUGCCAGUUCAAAGACCUUGCCCAUGUCCGCCGGCAUGAACGACUCAGUCCCCUCCACAAAGCGAAUUUGCUGAAGCCAGAAUGUCUGGAACGCGGCAUGAGCAAGCUUAUCAAGCAUGGCAUUAUUCAGCAACCUGCCAAUGAUGUACAGCAGCCUACGAAUGAAUACCGAGACCGUGCAAGGGAACGCCGUAAGGCAUUCGGACCAUCCACCACCGUUGGCCGCCCAACCCCAGCCGCACCAAAGGAGGAUGAAGCCCCCGUGCAGUCGACUUCGAAGGGUGCCUCUCUACUCAGCAAAAUGGGAUGGUCGGAAGGUUCUGGCCUUGGUGCCCAAGGCACCGGUCUGACGGCGCCAAUUGCCACCGAGGUUUACGCCCAGGGUGUGGGAUUGGGUGCCCAUGGAGGAAAGCUAGGCGACGCAACCGAAGAAGCCGGUCGAAACACCCGGGGCCGUUACGAUGAGUUCCUGGAGAAGACCAAGAAUAAUGCCCGCGAGCGCUACGAGCAGAUAAAUCAGUGA